AUGCCUGCAGGCUUCGUAACUAAGCCUGCCACAGCAGCACGCAAAGAGACGGCCGGGAAGCAGUGCAACCCCGACUUUUCCGGCACAAACAUCCUCCGUUGUUACGCAUGCCGCCGUCCCUGGUUCGUCAGCCAGCCAGCCAGCCAGACAGAACUAACUGGUUGGGUUUGGUCGUCGUUCCAUCAUCGACUUGCGCAGAGUUUUUCUUCUGUUCCAACUUUCGCCCGGUGGACCAACCAGCGGCUGACGCACGAUCCCUGCGCUCCACUCCAGCAGACUCUUUUUCAACCUCAUCUCUUCGACUUCAUCUCUUCCUCUUCUUCUUCUUCUUUUCAUCCCAUCUUCUUCGUCUUCAUCUUCAUCUUUAUCUUCACCAUCUUCUGUCGUCUCGACUAUUCACUGUCGGCAGCUAGCUCGGUCCAGGUGCUAGCUAGCCGGCGAUGGUCAAGUCGGACUCCCCGUCGUCGUUCGGAGCUGCCAGUGACUGCAUCCUUGACCUCCCUUGACCUCCCCAGACUCCCUCGAUCCUCAGGCUGCGGCGUCUUUCAUAUCAUAUAUAUUGGUUUCCAGGUCUUCUUCCUUGAUAGUGAACCCUUUUGCCCGUAG